CGCGUCCCCUGGGCUACGGGAAGGGGGGGGGACCAAUGUUGAUUUGGGCGAAUUCUCGUCGAUGUCGGGGAAGGAUUGAUUCGUAAAAGGCCGAGUUGGGAAGCGCCAAGUAGCGGGCUUUCGACGGAGCACACCGCAUCCCCCGCUCCUGGUGUCGCUCUGCUUUUUUUUUUCUUUUUUUUUUUUUCCCCCGAGGCCGGGGUGAAGGUGGAAAGCCAGGGGGGGGGCCUCGCUCAGCGGAGGCAGAGGAAAGGGGUUGAAAUCCUCCCGCCUUCAGGCCGACGGCGCUCCGCUCCACCCGGGAAGUAUCAGCGGCCCGAGUAUCCCAAAGUUCGACGCUCAAUAUCGGCAGCGGCUGCUGCGCCCUCCGCCGCAUUAAAACUGCUCGCUCCGGUUGGAUUUAGGCAAUACGCGUCGAGUCCUAAUCGAGUUUAGAGCUUCUUAACGGGGCCCGAUAGCGACGGAUCGCUCCUUGACAAGUGGUCAUCAUGGGCAACGCGCCCACGGCCAGGAAGGGCAGCGAGAUGGAGAGCGUCAAAGAGUUCCUUGCCAAAGCCAAAGAGGACUUCCUCAAGAAAUGGGAGAGCCCUGAACAGAACACUGCUUGCCUGGAGCAGUUUGAGAGGUUGAAAACUCUGGGCACAGGCUCUUUUGGCCGUGUUAUGCUGGUGAGGCACAGAGAAACGGGACAGCAUUACGCCAUGAAGAUCCUCAACAAGCAGAAGGUGGUGAAGCUCAAGCAGAUAGAGCACACUCUGAAUGAGAAGAGAAUUCUUCAGGCCGUCAACUUUCCUUUUCUGGUGCGGUUAGAGUACUCGUUCAAGGACAACACAAACCUCUACAUGGUGAUGGAGUAUGUGCCAGGUGGAGAGAUGUUUUCCCAUUUACGGAGAAUUGGCAGAUUUAGUGAGCCUCAUGCUCGGUUCUACGCUGCUCAAAUUGUUCUCACGUUUGAGUACCUGCAUGCUCUGGACCUGAUUUACAGAGACCUGAAACCUGAAAACCUUCUCAUAGACCAACAGGGCUACAUACAGGUGACAGAUUUUGGCUUUGCCAAGCGUGUAAAGGGCAGGACCUGGACACUGUGUGGCACUCCAGAAUAUUUGGCCCCCGAAAUCAUUCUCAGCAAGGGAUAUAACAAGGCAGUGGACUGGUGGGCGCUAGGCGUAUUGGUCUAUGAGAUGGCAGCAGGGUACCCCCCUUUCUUUGCAGACCAGCCUAUUCAGAUCUAUGAGAAGAUUGUAUCAGGGAAGGUGCGUUUCCCGUCUCACUUCAGCUCAGACUUGAAGGACCUUCUGAGGAACCUGUUACAGGUUGACCUAACAAAACGCUAUGGGAACCUCAAGAACGGGGUCAACGACAUCAAAGGACACAAGUGGUUUUCAACCACCGACUGGAUCGCCAUUUACCAGAAGAAGGUGGAAGCUCCGUUCGUCCCCAAGUUUAAGGGACCGGGCGACACCAGCAACUUUGAUGACUACGAGGAGGAGGAGAUCCGCAUUUCCUUCAAUGAGAAAUGUGCCAAGGAGUUUGGGGAAUUCUAGAGCGAGUGAGUGAACGAGGGAGGGAGUCAGAGCACGGCUGGUCAAAGUGGGAUAUGAAAGGAGGAGUGUUACCGUCUCCCGUCACAAUCACAAGCACCAGCUUCAAAAAGAGGGGAUGACAAGCAAAGGGGGACUGAUAACCAGCAGUGUUGCCUUUUUCUGUUCUACUUUCUUUUGCUUUCUGUUCGGAUCCAUUUAUAAUGCAGGUGUGCUUCAAAAUUCACAAGUGUGGGGAACUCCUCUUGUUGAGACGUUUCCUCCCUGCUGGUAUUGUUUCUUCAUUCACCUUCACCAAAACUGUUUGUCCGAAUUCAACCUUCCGUUCUUCACAGGUGAAGCCCACUGAGACUGAAUUGUUCAAUUCACAUUGAUAUUUGGCUGGCCUGCUCUUUCUCCCCGCCAAGACAACAAGGUUUUCAAGUAAACACUCAACUCACUCACAGACAAACGUUCAGUUUGAAUGGCUUUAUGAUUUUGAAACUGGUCUUUUUCCCCACCGUCCCCCUCUCGUACUCUGUAUGCUUUUCUAUUGACCGGCAACAGGAAAACAACGCGUAUGAUGCCGUCCGACAGGAAAGUCAUUCAAGUGUCAGUAUUUAUUCUCAUUGUUAGUAUAGCAAGACUUUGCCCAUCUCCUUUUAAUGUUUUAAACGUGUCUCUGCUGAUAUCGUGUCACGCUAACACAAACAAGCGUGGGCAAGGCAAUGGAACAUUUCUGUCUUAAUAGUGGAAGGUAACACCGUCACAUAAUGGUAUCUCAGGUUCGAACAUAUCACUCAGUGGGAACAUUCGACUAAUGACAUGGUAAUUUCCAGUUCUGGUUAGAGUUAAAAAGGAACAAAAGGGAAUUUUUAGAUAUUUGAUUAGCGUCUUCCACAGUUUUGCCCUUCCAUUCGGUUUUGUGACUGGACAGAAGCCUCAGAGCUCACCUACUGGAAAUGUCGGUUCUGCAUGUUUAGCCCUGUAAGAGAUCGUCUGAGGCAGAUUACCUCAAACUGCUUUUGGAUCACCAGAGCACUUUGAUCUGUCAUUGAUGGUGGUCUUAUUUGUGUCCUUUGCCGUUUUUUAUUUAUUAUCCCUAACCUGCUACUCUUAUUACUUAAAAUGUUGAACUACAUUCAUAUA